AGACACUAGACACAGUCAGUCUCUCUUGUUUGCGGCUAGCUGGUUAUUACAUCAUCCUAGUUAACUCUUGAAUUCUUUAAGAUUUAUUUAAGUGAACUUAAGUUUAGUAUAAGCAAUCUAUUACCAUGUUGGCGCGAUUGGCUGGACGUAAUAUUCUGGAAAAAUCUGCAUUUACCUAUGACAUUGGCCACAGAAAUUAUUUUAGCACGCUUCUUAAGAAGACUAGUACCUACACAAAUGCAGCUUCAAAAUUCAACGAUAUUCAGUCAAGGAACAAAACUGAAGGUGUCAAAGGUGCUGUUAUUGGUAUUGAUCUUGGCACCACCAACUCCUGUGUUGCUGUCAUGGAAGGAAAACAAGCCAAAGUCAUUGAAAAUUCCGAAGGAUCCAGAACAACCCCAUCUGUUGUUGCUUUCACUAAAGAUGGAGAAAGGCUAGUUGGAAUGCCCGCCAAGCGACAAGCAGUCACAAAUUCAGCAAAUACUUUCUAUGCCACAAAGAGAUUAAUUGGUCGCAAGUUUGAUGAUCCUGAAGUGAAAAAAGAUAUGAAAACAUUGUCCUACAAAAUCACUAAAGCCACCAAUGGAGAUGCUUGGAUCACUGGAACCGAUGGCAAAGUUUACUCACCCAGUCAGAUUGGAGCAUUUGUUUUGAUGAAAAUGAAAGAAACGGCAGACUCUUAUCUGGGAACAAAUGUGAAGAAUGCUGUAAUCACUGUACCAGCCUACUUCAAUGACUCCCAAAGACAGGCCACCAAAGAUGCUGGUCAAAUUGCUGGUUUGAAUGUUUUAAGAGUCAUCAAUGAACCAACUGCAGCAGCCCUGGCUUAUGGCAUGGACAAAACUGAUGACAAAGUUAUUGCUGUUUAUGAUUUGGGAGGUGGAACUUUUGAUAUAUCCAUUUUGGAGAUCCAAAAGGGUGUUUUUGAAGUUAAGUCCACAAACGGUGACACAUUACUUGGUGGAGAGGACUUUGACAAUGCUCUUGUCAAUUACUUGGUUACCGAAUUCAAGAAAGAGCAAGGGAUCGACAUAACCAAGGACCCAAUGGCAAUGCAAAGGUUAAAAGAAGCAGCAGAAAAGGCUAAGAUAGAAUUAUCAUCAUCUCUUCAAACUGAUGUGAAUCUUCCUUACCUCACGGUAGAUGCUUCUGGACCCAAACACAUGAAUCUGAAACUUUCCCGUUCAAAGUUUGAAAGUCUGGUUGGUGAUUUAAUCAAAAGAACAAUUUCUCCCUGUCAGAAGGCAAUGCAAGAUGGGGAGGUUUCCAAGAAUGACAUCGGUGAAGUCCUUUUGGUCGGAGGAAUGACAAGAAUGCCCAAAGUUCAGCAGACAGUGCAGGAUCUGUUUGGUCGUCAGCCCAGCAAGGCAGUGAACCCUGAUGAGGCGGUGGCAGUAGGUGCCGCAGUACAGGGGGGAGUGUUGUCAGGAGAGGUACAUGAUGUCCUGUUACUGGACGUCACCCCAUUGUCACUGGGUAUUGAGACUCUUGGAGGAGUCUUUACACGACUCAUUUCCAGAAACACCACCAUCCCAACAAAGAAGAGCCAGGUGUUUUCCACUGCUGCUGACGGACAGACACAGGUAGAGAUCAAGGUACACCAGGGAGAGAGAGAGAUGGCUUCUGACAAUAAGAUGUUGGGACAGUUCACUCUGGUUGGGAUACCUCCAGCACCACGAGGUGUACCUCAAAUAGAAGUUACUUUUGAUAUUGAUGCUAAUGGCAUUGUGCACGUUUCAGCCAGAGACAAAGGCACUGGCAAGGAACAACAAAUUGUAAUUCAGUCUUCGGGCGGACUUAGCAAGGAUGAGAUAGAGAAUAUGGUGCGCAACGCAGAACAGUUUGCCCAACAGGAUAAGGUGAAGAAGGAACGAGUUGAGGCUGUUAACCAAGCAGAAGGCAUCAUCCAUGACACUGAGACCAAGAUGGAUGAGUUCAAAGACCAGUUGCCACAAGAAGAGUGCACAAAACUGAAAGAGCUCAUCAAUCAAGUUCGAGACAAACUUUCAAACAAAGAUAACGUUGAACCUGAGGAAAUAAAAAAAUCCACUUCAGAGUUGCAGCAAGCAUCACUAAAGCUGUUUGAGAUGGCUUACAAGAAGAUGGCGGCUGAGAGGGAAGGUUCAAGUAGUAGCAGCAGUGGUUCAACUGAGCAAACAGAAGAGGAGAAGAAAGAGAAGAAGGAGGACAAGCAGUAACAUGUAAAUUUCUGUAUAGUCUCUUCCUCGAGUUUAUUAAGACUGUGCCGUGAAACUAAAUUUGUUGUAUUUUUUACAAUAAUUCUCCAUGCAGUUUAUUAUUUAUGUUAGUUCUGUGAUAAUGUAAAACAAAGAUUACCUUAAUAUGUUUAAUGUAGAAUACAUUAAAGGUCCUGA